AUGAAUACUAACGGCGUUUCAUCACACCAGAACGGCGGAGCUACACGCUCUCCCUUGGCUUGUUUGCCUUGUCGCUCACGCCAUUUGAAAUGUGACGGGCAGAAACCUCACUGCAACCGUUGCGCCAGUGCCUCUACGGAAUGCAAAUAUGCUCCAUCGCGCCGGGGGGGUCUGGAUCGCGCCGCUCUCGCAGAGCGACGCAAGCGGCUUGCGGCAUCAAGUAACGACAAAUCAGUAGAUAGCUCCAGGUCUCAAUCCAGAGUGAACAUCGAGCCGACCCUGGAAUCCGGAUCCCGGCCUGCUAACGACAGCUUCACCCAUGGCCUGGGCUCACUCGAUGGCACCAACCUCGGGUGUGACAACCCUGCCCCGACGGUAUCAAGCAUCAUUGCACAAAUACAGCUUGACAUGGUCGACAGUGACCCUCUGAUCAGCUCUUAUUACGAAAGUUUCCACAACCUCCAUCCGUUUCUGGUCCCUCGAUGGCACUUUUUAAGGUCAUGUCAGGACCCGAGCCGGCAGAUCAGUUUGAGACCUCUCAUUGCUGUCAUGCGCCUGGUUGGAAACAUCUACGUUGCCCGAGAAUGGUCAAUUCCGCUCAGAGAUGACGUGGAAAUCUCCUUCUCCCAAGCAAACCAAGCAUGCCCAGUCAUGGUGCAGUGCCGACUAUUGUACUCCAUGGGGCUGUUCUGGUAUGGCUACAAAGUUGAGGCCAAGGAGCAAAUAGGCUGCGCUGUCCGCCUGGCACUUGACAUGGAGAUGUUUCAACAAGAGUUCGCAGGGACUCACGCAGGCGGCGACCCUGUUCUAACCGAGAGCUGGAGACGAACGUGGUGGGAGCUAUAUAUCAUUGAUGCAUAUUACGCCGGAACCUUGGGCACCAUGAACUUUAUGGUUGUGGAUAUCGAAGCCACUGUCGAGCUGCCAUGUGAAGAGUCAGAGUAUGAAUCCGGAGUCAGUUACAACAGGACACUUAGACAGAAUGACGAAAUCCCGGAGCCAAAAACACUCGAGGAUUUUGACUUCCGCGAAUUCGCUCCCGAAGACACCUCAUUCUCUUCAUUCGCCUACCUUAUCACUGCCGUCAGAUGUGCGGCGUUGGCAAUUUCCACAACGCCCAAGGUCGCCAGAAGAGAAGACUCGACGCAAAUCAUCCAGAAUGCCGACUCAGUCAUCGACGGAUGGUCGCUUCUACUACCUCGAGACCGCAAACAGGUCAUGACGAAAACCGGAGAAAUCGACGAGCUCUUGUUCCAGGCACACUUGGUCAUAAACGUGCCGCUGUCGGACCUUCGAUUCAACCCCGUGGAGGACGUCUCUAGCUGCGCCAGAAAACCACCCGAGGAAACUACCAAACCAGAACUCAUCAACAUCCAUACCGUUAGAGUCUUGCGAUCAGUGGAGGCACAAAUCCGCCUGUUGGCGCUACCGGUCCGACCAUUUCACCACUCGCCUUUCGUCACCUGUAUGAUCAGUGAAGGGACGCUGGCAUUGUUAUCUGCUUGCAACUUUUUACUCAAAGGUAAGGAGUUGUCCAUCGCACGUGACCAGAUUCGGAUGUCGAUUGGCUGCCUCAAGACGUUGGGCGAGAUAUGGCCGAGAACAGCAAGAAACUUGCAGGAGAUCCAGACCAUUGCACGACAUGUGUUGAAGGUUGGUUCCAAGGCGACGAGCAACAGCAACACCCCCAAGUCGAGCAGCGCGCCGAGUCUAUCCGCGAGCCGGGGAGCGGUUGUCUCUCAGACUGAGCUGCCAACGAAUGAAAGCGACGUGUUUUCUACCUUCGACUCAAUGGACGACGUUUGUGGAUGGUACGGCCUUGAGGAUCUUGGUCCUCAAUUUGCAGACUGGAUCGGCAAUGAGCAGUAG